CGUCCACGUCUCUUCUUCCGACUUCGAAUAAAACUACGAUAUAAUUAUAUUUUUUCGCAACAAUAUCGUAGACUUAAACUAAACUAUUGAGUGAAUAAUUUUGCGAGAUAAGUUGUGCACCACUGCUGUUGGAAUAAUUCUGAGGUCGUGAAUGGGCCGCAUGGAUGGCAGCGCACGCCUGGCGCUCGCUCGCCCUGCUACUCGCGGUCACCACUCUUGUUAUAGCUAAAUAUGCAGAGUUGGAGCCAUGGAAAGGCGCGGGUCGGCCGGCGACGGCAUCGCAAGAAGCAGAAGACGAGCGCCGCGAUACUGAGAUGCUGGCAGCAAUCAAGGCCUCUAUGCGUCAGUGGGAGAUGAAGAAAGGGAGGACUAGGACGAAGAGAUCCCAAGGCAGCGUGUGUUACGGGGAAUUCGGCUGCUUCGAAGAUGCUGGCCCAUUCGCCUAUUUGGAAACGCUGCCCAGCACUCCUCAAGAAGUCGGCACACAUUUCCUUCUUUACUCUACUCUUAGCAGAGGCGAUCAACCGCUGUUGGCAGUAUCGGCAAGUAACAUGUCGGCAGCCUGGGGCUGGGCAGCGAGGGCUUUCGAUUCGGAACGACCCACGCGCGUAAUUGUACAUGGUUUCGGGUCCAACUGCGACAACGUCUGGGUGUACGAGAUGCGAUCUGCACUUAUGGCAGUUGAAGAAUGUAACGUGAUAUGUGUGGACUGGGAAGGUGGAGCGACGAUGCCUAACUAUCUCCGUGCGGCGGCAAACACUAGGCUUGUGGGAAAACAGCUUGCGAUGAUGUUACAAGGUCUGGCAGAGCAUAUAGAUUUGCGGUUUGAGGAUGUCCACCUUAUUGGAUUCAGUCUAGGUGCCCAUGUUGCUGGCUUCGCUGGUACAGAACUCCGAAAUAUUAGUCGGAUUACCGGUCUAGACCCAGCAGGACCUCUCUUCGAAUUCCAAGAUCCUCGAGCUCGUCUAGAUCGUUCCGACGCGAAAUUCGUAGACGUGAUUCACUCUAACGGCGAAACAUUAAUUUUGGGUGGAUUGGGUGCAGCUCAACCUCUCGGUCAUGUAGAUUUCUAUCCUAAUGGCGGAAGAGUACAGCAUGGAUGUUCUAACUUAUUCGUUGGAGCAGUGUCAGAUUUAGUUCUCCCAUGGGCAGCGGCGUCACCCGAAGGUCGCUCCUUAUGUAAUCAUCGGCGAGCAUACAAGUUUUUCACUGAUUCUGUUUCACCUAAAUGCCACUUCCCUGCCUUCCCUUGUGCAGACUACGAUACUUUCCUUGAGGGUCGUUGCUUCCCGUGUGGCCCUGAUCGAAGAUGUGGUAAUAUGGGCUACUACGCCGACCGGUCCCUUGGACGAGGACAACUUUAUUUACUGACUAGAGAAGAAGAGCCAUUCUGUGCGCAUCAGUACCACGUUGCUGUUUGGGGUGGUAAUCAACCGGGGGAGAAACCAAACUAUGGACGUGUGACGUUGACUUUACAUGGUGAUUCGGGCCUCAAUGAGUCCUUUCCAAUGACCAAACGUGAAGAUAUCACGAAUACCAGCGUUCGUUUUACUCGAGUCUUGGUACCACAUCCCGCUUUAGGUGUUCCACUGCGUGUGACGAUACACUACGCGGCGUAUUCCGGUUGGUUGAGUGCUGGUGUUAAGACAAUUCACGUGGACAAGCUGCUCAUCACUGAUAGCUUCGGCAAGACAUCGUCUUUCUGCAAGAAAGGGAUGCCAUUACUUACGGAACAAUCUGUUGAACUACCGCUGUACCCCGGAGAUUGUCAAAUAAAGGAGGACGAAGACCCGUUAAAUACGACAAAUUCGAUUAUAGAGUAUGUCGUAAGUACAACCAACGCGACUAAAGGCCCACCAAUCGAUCUACAAGAUAAUGCACUCCCCGAAGACUCUCCUCAGCGACCCUUCCUGCUUGCCGACGCUUACGAGUGGUCGACAGGUAACGAAAACUCUGGUCGAGCUUUUGGGAUGACAAACACCAAAACUGCUCCCGGUGGCGCCAUCGAAAUCGCCGAGCCAGUGCUGAAACCUCGACCGCGAAAGGCACCUCGACAACGAGCCGAUUUGGUGGACGAUCCACCUGAAAUAUCAGAACCGGUGCUUCGGCCGACACAAGCACCGCGAACUACGCAACCCCCUUCGAGAAAAGCAAAGAACUACGACAUGUCGACUACGCCAACUUACGACGGAGGUGAAAGGGCUGAUAAGGAAGAAACUAGUUUCGCUGUUCAGUUCUUGCCAGCGCGACUCGCAUCGUUCAUUUCCCGAGCGGAACGUUACGCAAGAGAUACCCUACUGCCUCUCGUAUCGGCUUACGCGCCACGAUUACCCAUAUUUGGAUCAAGGGAAUUGCCUAAGCCUACUACAAGGUAUAUUCCUACAGAAGAGAUGAAUACAACAAACUCGGUACCAAUUCCGACACCGACUUUGGAAAUGAAAAUAGAGACCCUUAGAUCGGUAGGUCCGCCAGGAGAAAAACGUUUAAUGGAAAUUCCAGAGGACCCUGAAAUUACGAUCACUACCACAACAACGACAACACCGACUACUACAGUUGAAUUUCAACCAGCUCCAACGGAAAUGCUCAAAGUAGUGAAUGGACCUGCUGCGUCGGCUAGCACUGCGUUACCCCCCGUGGCUCUACGGACUGAUGGACAGAAGAUAGUCAUCGUUUACCCGAGUAACGCAAGAGACGAGCGGAAAAUUCGAUCUCAUUCGUUCCCUGAAGAACUGCAAUUCGAAGCAUUGUACCGGCACACAGCGGCGCCGUCGCCGGUCAGAGUGGACUUGCCCACCUUCACACCGCCAACCACCACUCACGGGCCCACGCCACCUUCCACCUUAACAAAGGCCGAUUUACGAUACAUUCCAGUACCAUUCCAGAACUCCAAAGAAAAGGAGAAUAAUCCAACGUGACCCUCAAAUGUGUUAGUGUAAUAGAUAAAAUUGAUUACAUUACGUACACACUAGCCCUUUUACGGCGAAUCAUUUUUGUACAGAAGUUUAUGUAUCAGCGUGUGAACAUGUUACUGUGUUCAAUUUGGUUGUAUGGUGGCCUUCCCAGUAAUAAUUACUAAACUGCCAACUUGUUGAAAAUUGCCUUCAUUAGAUAGAACAAACUUGUUGUUGUACAUAUUUAGGUCUUAUGAUUAGAAUAAGAAAAUUUUUACAAAAUAAACACU